AUGCCCGUUAAAUUUCGCGAGACUCUCGCCUCUCUCAUGGAAGACGAGCCAUGUCUCUGGGAUCGCACCCGCAAUGUGUAUCACAUGAGAGACAAAAAGGCGGACGCAUGGGAUCGUAUCUUGAACAAAUUAAUACAGCUCGGAUAUACUUACGAUCGUAAAGUCCGUAUUUCCAAUCUCCACUAUAGCGAUGAAGAUGACGAUAUCGAUAUCCUCAGUGAUGAAAACGGUUGGAACAGCUAUCUUCGAAGUUCCUGCAAAAGCCUGUAUCAAUUAUCCAGAUCCACUGCCGCCAGAACAUUUCGAAGAAGUAACAACGUCGCGAACUCUUCUGAGGGUGACACCGGCAAGAAACGUGGGAAGUUUAGAAAAGAGACAAGUGGUCGAGAAAACCAAAUGACCAAAAAGGCCCGUCUUGAAGAUGGCAUAUCCGCUGUGCAAGAAGCUGCGGAUGCAGUGAAAAGUCAUUGGAGGCGAUCAGUUCACCAACCAACAGAUACAGGCACAUCGGAGAUUUUGUUUCCGGUACGCCAUCACGGAUGA